UCAAAUGUAGUAGAUUGAUUAUAUUGAAAGAGUGAGAAAAUUAGUAGGCAAAUACCUACAAAUCAGAAGAGAAGUUGUAAGUGACUCUGGAAGAACUCUAGAGGCGACUGUCAUUACAAGGUCAAACUAUACUCCAACAGCAUGAAGGUAAUCAGUAUUGCUCCCUUGAUUUUGAUGCUACUGGGAAUGAGUGAUGCCACAAUAGUCCAACACUGGAACUACAGAGUCAUCCGUGGAAAGAGUUUCAUGCUGGAAUGCAAUGACCUGAGACGAAAUGGGACCUACGACAACAUGCACGAUUUCUCAUGGAUAUUUCCUGAUUUGAUGAUACACAUCAAAGGCUACACAGAUGGGAACGUCCUGGUCGAGGGGAAAACCGUCAGCAUAGGCAACCUGAAUGAAUCCCUGGAAGGAAUCUAUCACUGUCAAUACAACACCAUGAACGGCACAGAGAAAAUACCGCAAAUUGUAAAGCGGGGGAUCAACUAUGGCGGUCCUGCCUAUGAAACACGUUUAGAUGAAUACGCAAUGAAACUUGUGGCUGGUUUUGUCGCCUUGAUUAUCCUCCUCAUUUCAACAAUUGUGUUAUGUUUGGCCUAUGAGUGUCACUGGUUUCACAGGAGACAGGUUUUACCGGUUGUGGAGGAAGGAGGGAAAACGGGCACUCAUUAUGGGUCGGAGCAAGAAACAAAUCUCAGAGCUGAUAACCCUGCAUUCGAUAUGUCUGAUUCAGAGCUCAAAGGAGAAAGUGAUGGCCCCAUGAACCAUAGGGACAGUGUUCGCCCUGAGCAGUUUCGGAAAGCAUCCCAGGUACUUGGGGAGCAGAACCUCCCGCGAACUCCAGAGGUUGAUGCUGACGAUGGUACAAAAGCAACAGAUGAUGGAGUCGAUAAUCCUGAACUUGAUGGGGAAGAGCCACACAAAGAACUUAGGAAAUCACCAGAGACCCUCGAGGAGGAAAACCUCCCCACGACUCAGACGGAUGCGGCUGUUUUGAUGGUGUCAUCCCUUUAAAAGCACAGUCAACUAUCAAUUUUAGUUACAUCUGGCCCCCUGGGUCAUUGAUGUAGAUAAGGCUGUACUGAGUAACUUAAUGCACAAGCCAGCAUGAUAAAACUUGGCAUGUAUUAUACUUACUUUUAUCUUGUUUAACUCUAUUAAAAUCUAAAAGGUGACUAUAGGAAGAAGCUAGGAGGUCAAAUUGGUCUUUAGAUAACUAUUGUACACAUUGAUGAUAAUAUUCCUAAUACAAGCGUGAAUAGUUUCAAUGUACUGUAAGAUAGUAGAGACCCCUAUCAGACACUUAUGUAACUUAAUCUGACCUACAAGGCUCUUGCCUGUAGUCUCCCUUUAAACAGGAGACUUCCACAUCCAAGGAAACUUUUGGAAUGAAAAAAAUGCCACUCGUCAGAAACCUUUCAAGCUCAUAAGAAAUCAAUCAAUUUUAACUGAUCGAAUCUGAUCAAAGCAGUUCGCACUAUGCAAUUCUUUCAACUACCAUAGUGUGGCAGCACUAACAAAGGACUGGUCACUCAGCCGAAUGCUGCAGUUCCAUGAGCGAUUCACAGGGCAAAGUCAAUGAUGCUCAGAUGAAUGAAAACCCUGGAGAUUAACACCAAUAGUGUAUUCGGAGAUUAUCGCUAAUAGUAAAUGCGGAGAUCAGCACUAUAGUUAAUUCCAUUCUAGAUAUCCAAGAAUUUAUAUCAUCUCUGGAUUAUUACACUGGAUACGAUUUUGUUAUUCCGAUGAAAUUCUAUUAAGCGAGUUUGGAUAUAAUUCUCAAGUUUGUAAAAAUUGGGAAUCUGAUCGGAACUAUAUUGGACAUAUAUAAUUUCACUACCACACGACAAUGGAGUAUUAGGAUGAUUCAGAAGACGGAUGGCCUGUCUUUUGAGCGAUGGAGGCAGGGAAGUAAAACCGGCAACACAAAAUGAUGAAACACACACAGUGACGCAGGGAUGUUAAUUAUGGUAUGUAUUCAUACAUAUCUCCACUCAACUAUGACAGCUCAAUGAGACCAGAUGCGUGAUGUCAAAAAUAUCCCCCGGUGAGAAGCACGCACCGAAACAUGAUUACGAAAUCGGGAACGCGACGCGUCUUAAAAAACCGCUGAGGAAUAUCACGGUUGAUUUUGUGACGUUAAACAACACGGAACCGGAAAACAGUUACAAUUCACAUCCACCAAUUACAAGCCCGACUUGGUCUCAAGUGACGGCCCUUCCAUUGCGGAACACCACAAGCAUCACCUCUGAGUACGAGAAUACUCGUUUCAAAAGUAAAACAACAAUUGAUGAUUUAUACAAAGAGUACGACCCUGUGACUGGUAUCAAAACAGGGGGCUUCUUCAGUGGAUGUCUGUUCUUAGCUUUGAUGUACAUGCUAUAUAAAAAGAAGUGUCGGAAACCAUCCGAUUCAGACAGCCGUCGGGGAUCUAAGAGUAAAGUCACAAUUGAGGAAGAAACAAUGCAGGUUGUCACAGAAUGCAUGGUGCCGAGGGUGAGUCGAAGUCCAAGUCAGGAAACAACGCAUUUAUUAAAUCAGCAGAUAGUGGUUGAGGUGGAGACGCACCCGGAACCCAAUCUGCCCGACGAGGAGGUGAAUGCUUUUGACGCAACAGCGGAAUGGGUUCAAACGCAACCGCUAGACAUGCACAGUUUAAGUGAUAUGAGUAUUGUGAUAAAUAUUGAGAAUGCAUCCGCGUCUCCUACAGACGAUGAAGAAUAUGAAGAAUUUUAUGAUGAGUCGAUAAAUCUCGAACCUACGGUGCAAGAAAAUAUGCUCACUGUCCUGAACGCUGAUAUGUUUCCGAGCCCGAUCUUGCUACCGAGCCCGAUUUUAGAGACGUGUAGUGAUGUCGGUAGCAUCGAAGAUUACCCGGUGCCAAAUCUACAGAUGCAACAGCGCAAUAGUAUAUCGAAUCCUGUAUCAAUUCCGACCAUUCCCUCGCAAGUGACUAGACCGAAAGUUAGACUAGGCCACAAACAACGUGCUAGUUCCUUGAAACGGCCCAGCGAUCAUGACCACAGGCACAUGCCAAGCCUUUGCUCAAAUAUAUCCAAUCAAAAGUCCCGCAGUUCAAAUACGCUGCACGUUCGUUUCAGCAGCGAUACGAUGAUAAAUAAACCAAAGCGGAAAUACAGGAGCCAGAUGUCGCUACGUAGUAACUCCUGCAGCUCUGGGAGUUCAAGGAGUUCAAAACGGUCAGACCUGAGUAACCGUUCCGAUCCGUCAAGUAAACCACUUUUAAAACGAAUAACGGAUAAGUUUACGCCGUCAUCAGGGCGCUGGUUCAAGUCAUGUGACCACUUGCCUAUGGAUUAUAGUUUACAGGUCUCGAGCCAUUCAGAGCCCGAUGAACAGACUUCGAUGCUAAAUAAGUCGCACUCCAUGCAAGACACAACAACAUUAUAACGACAGUUGUUUUUUAUCUUUAUGUUUUAGGUUCAAUGGGAUAUUAUUUACUCAAAUGUUUUUGUCCAAUCAUGUAUCUCAAAAUGUGUCAUGUGACCCCACACACCGCUGUAUCGGUCCUGACAACUGCCCUGCAUGGGGCUGUAUUGGAUGCACAUCAUUUUUGCAAGUUUCACAAAUGCAAUAUUCAUGGCGAAAUUAAUCCACAUAAUGGUUUCCUCAUUGUGAGGUCCAUCUAUCCACAAUUAUCAGAAGAAGUGAAAUGUCAGAAGCAUGAAGUGCACCCAAUUUAGGGAUCAUGAACAAUUAAAGCAUUUUAUAGCAAAAUAUGAUAAAACCUAAAUUGGGGGGAGGUUUACUCGCUCCCCAAAUUCUCAUAUUUCGAAUUUCUUUUACAAAAGUGGUUGACGAACAUCAUCUCCCACAUCCUCCAAAAAUCUGAUAUUGUAAAUUUGAAUUGAAGAGGGAUUGAUGAACUUUACUUCAGGCGUUUUCUGAAAUUUUACAAUGCUUUUUUUGCACAUGAUCUGAUUAGAGGUACAGUGAUCAAGAUAAUAGAGGAGUACACAGUAUCAAUAGUGCACGUGCCCUCCAGUAAUUUCAAAGAUGCACACCACCGGUAUAACAAUAAUAUGUCUGUAGAUGUUGCUGUUUGUGAUAAGAAGAGUUGUACAAGAAUCAUUCAGAUUUCACAUGUAAAUUAUGCAUUACCCUACCAAUAAAUUUGUACU